AUGGCGACGCAGCUAGCCUCGCCUACCAUCCCGGGCGACGGAGAGGCCAUCUCGAGCAGGGUCGGUGAGGUUGCUCCAGACCCGGCGACUGAGACCUCCGGACUAUCCGAUAUUUCAGGAAUAAAUCAUAAUGGCCCAUCGCAACCUGCUCCGUCGAAUCGUCUCUCGAGCUCCCGACUUUCUCGUACCAAUACUGCUCAGAAUGUCAAGGACAAGGAACCAAAGCCAUUGUCUAAAACUCCGUCUGGCGCGACCCCAGCCAAUGCUGGGUUAGAUCCUUUAAGCACGCAAAUAUACUUGCGGACUAAUAGCAACACGGAACCUACCAUUGCUCAACGAUUGUUGCAUUCUGCUCGCGCAGAUAGCCCUACGCGAGAUAGCCAACAUCGACAAAGCAUUGACAGCCAAGGCAAGGCCCUUAAUGCCGCUGUUGAAGCAAAUCGGGACCGAAAGAAAGGGUCGUCGUUUCUCAGCCGCCUUGCUAUUCGGGGCGCCUGGAAGAAGGACGAUGACAUGAACGACUCCGACUCAGAGCUGGGCGAGCUCCGCACGGAUGGCUUCAACGCGAGGGCUCUGACUUCUGUCAUUGGCGCAGGCGGCGGCUACAUACCCCUUCACAAAGAGCCGCCUCGGUACAUACGGGUGAGACCUCACAAUAAGAAGACUCGCGACUUCAACCACCUAUUUCUUGCUCAAGAGCUCUUGGGCGCUAAGAGAGCAUCUGAAGACGAACCGCGGAGCCGUGAGCCGGCAACGGCAGUAGGGUCAAAAAUCUUGAAAUCAGGUGACGCUAUCUGGGCCGCCGAGUUCAGUUUGGAUGGACAGUAUUUAGCCGUGGCUGGUAAAGAUCAAACAGUCCGGGUCUUCUCUGUGAUUUCCACCCCGGAAGAACGAAGGGCGUAUGAAGAGGAAGAAGAGAAUCAUGGCCGCGGAGACGGCGAGAGGCUUAGUGCUCCAGUCUUCCGUUCCAAACCGGCUCGGGAGUUCGACGGCCACACAGGGGAAGUAUUGGCCUUGAGCUGGAGCAAGAACAAUUUCCUUCUCUCCUCAUCCAUGGACAAAACUGUCAGGCUAUGGCAUAUGAGUCGACCGGAUUGUCUUUGCGCAUUUAAGCAUAAUGAUCUCGUGACAUCCAUUGCAUUUCAUCCAACGGACGACAGGUUCUUUUUAGCAGGUUCUCUCGACGCUCAGCUGCGCCUGUGGAGCAUACCUGACAGAGCGGUUGCCUUUUCGGUGACGGCAAACGAGUUUAUUACAGCGGUAGCAUUCUCACCGGACGGGAAAACGGCAAUAUGCGGACUGCUUAGCGGACUUUGCUUAUUUUAUGACACUGAAGGUCUCAAACUCCAAUCACAAAUCCAUGUUCGAUCUUCGAGAGGGAAAAACGCCAAGGGCAGUAAAAUUACGGGCAUUCGGACUGCCUCGCUUCCGUCUGAGAAUGGAAAGAAGGAUAUCAAAGUACUCAUCAGCUCUAAUGAUUCUCGUGUGAGGAUAUACAGCCUACGGACCAAGAUGCUAGAGGUUAAGUUUCGUGGCCUGGAAAACCAGUCAAGUCAGAUUCACGCCCGGUUUAGUGACGAUGGCGCAUACGUUAUAUCUGGCAGCGAAGACCGCAGAGCAUAUAUCUGGACCGCCAGCAACGCCGACAACGACCUAAAGGAUAAGCAACCAUAUGAAUGCUUUGAUGCGCACCCUGAAGUCGUCACCACGGCUUCAAUGGCGCCAAUAAAGACGAGGCAACUCCUUAGUGCUUCGGGAGAUCCCAUUUUCGAUCUCUGCAACCCACCACCUGUUAUGUUACUUAGCCUCGAGGAAAGGAACGCCAGUCAGACCAGACUUUCAGAAGGGGGACAAACCGAGAGUGCGGUCAGUCUACGAAAACCAGAAGAAAGCCCUGCAUAUAUCGAGCGAUCAAAACAUCUGGAUGGCAAUAUCAUUGUGACCACAGACAGGACAGGUACUAUCAAGGUCUUUCGGCAAGACUGCGCCUAUACCAAACGGCAGCAGAGCCACUGGGAGACGGCCUCCAAGUUUUCUGGACGGCUCACUGGCGGCGUUGGACGAUCAGGCAGCAUUGCUACCCGGACGAGUACCGGGAGCCGAGUCCAUUCUCGACGUGGAUCGCUUAACCUAGGACCAGCUGCACAACAAACACAACCAGCAUCCGAUAGGAUCAUGAGCUGGCGCCAGGAUGUUGAAGGGAGAGCUAGCAGCAACCUCACUGCAAGUAGGAGCGAAAGAUCCAUGUCACCUAUGAAGGCAAGGACUCCCCUCAACAACUCAGCCGCGAACCUUGCGUCAGAAGCCAGAAAACAGCCUUAUACGGCUAGCCUGGCAAGUCGAGCAAAUCCUACCAGCCCAACAAGUAGCAUUCAUACAGGAGGAGGCUCGCUGCGAGCUCACAGGGACAAGGAUAGCGGCAGCAUACCACCCACGCCAAGCUUUAGCCUUAUCAGUGCUUCCGAAUCGGAGCAGAACGACGACAAAGGAGAAGGAAGUUUCUGGAAUCUCAGCAGGUGGAAACCUAGCAUACCGAGUUUAAGGUAUUCAUUAAAUGCAAGUCCUCUGGGUGGUGGCAUCAACAACAGUCCCGGAAGUCAUUCCAAGAACGGUGCCGACAGUUUGAAGGUUGGGGACAGACCUUCUGGGAGGCAUAGCCUAGCCGUCCACGACAUACGCAGACUUAGAGCCGAGGAGGACGGCAGCCGCCGUCGAUCUGUCGGUCCGGGUACUACGCCAUUGAGACCAAGAUUCAGCGAAUCCGACUCUGUUGGAGGAAGUAUUGAGGAGGGAGCCGAGGUUGCCGACGUAAUCACGCCGGGCAAGAAGCGCACAGAUUCGGGCGUAGCUGAGGUCAACACGGACUCGACGGACGAUAGUGAUACUGCGACAUGCCGCGAAUGCGGUGGACGAAGCUUCCAGGCGAAGCGAUUGGCCAAGGGCAAAACAGUACUGUCGUGCCAGAAGUGUGGAACAUCGACAGAGUCAUGA